AUGGAUUUAAUAGCUGGGUUUUUGUCCAUAAUUACUGACAGAGGAAAGGAAACUGAUCUGGUCGCGGAUAUACGUACAAGACUAUUUACAAGACGGACUUUUGAAGAAAACCUGGACAUUGUGAGGAAAGGGCUGUGAGGAUCACAAGAAAACUGUAUGGGUGCAAAGACUAAACCCCCCAUACCCCCUAAACCCCAGAUAGAAGGGGUUAUACCACAUAAGGUCUUGGAUUCUCCUCUCAGCAGCACUAACACAACAAAUGGUGCACAAUACAGGCCUAUCCCUAAACCUCGUAUGCACAAACCUGGUCCAUUUAAGCACACCCUGAACCCACCUGGCCAUGUUGGUCAAGCCACUUCAGACACAGACAAUCCUGCAUCAAAUGGAUCACGCGAGAACCACACUGUUCCUCUAGCCUAUCCAGCCUACUGUUCUUGUGAGUGUCAUAAUCCCAGCAAGAAUGGACCACAGAAAACCAAACAGUACCAGGACAAUUACAUAACUAGCUCGGGAAAUAAUAAUAAUAAGGAACCAAGAAGAUUCCCUCCAGAUUUACCUAUACCUACAAGACCUCUGCCUAAAGAGACCUUGCAGCUUAACAUAAUAAAUGGAAAUAAAACUGAGCCAAGUGGUGACGCACCAGCAAUGCCUUUCCAAAAGUCUACACCUACUUCAAGGAAGUGGAGUAAAGAAAAGAUGCUCUAUCAGGAACAGUUUAAACGGCCCAACAAUGAGCUCAUCUUUGAGAGUUUGAGGAACGAAUUAUCCCGGCUAUGUGAACCUGAUGGGAAACCCAAAACAAUAUUGGUAAAAUGUAUGCUCUCUAAAGAGGAUUGUAUUCAAACAGAAUGUUUCUCAUUGCCAUUUCGGAAGAUAGACAAUGCAAAUAAAAUAAAAAAAAAACUAUCCAGCUGUUUACGUAGUCAGUCCUUCCAAGAAUCAGCAAAAUGCUCAGAACAAUCAAGUGACACAAUUUUGCCACCUUCAAGCUUGAAGGUUAAGAGGGCAUUCAGCUUUCAGAGCAUUCAGAAAAGCUAUUCAGAUGGAGGAAAGAAAAAGGAGGGUGGUCAUUUCCAAGAGGCCUUUUGGCAGGAACACCAUGUUGUAAAAAAGAGUGGAAUCCUAAACAGUCUAACCCCAGAGGAGAUUUGCCUUCAGGAGAGCAUUUAUGAAGUGGCAACUUCUGAGAAGUCCUAUCUUGAGCGACUAAAUGUUGUUGUGAAUCAUUUCAUGAAAUCUGCAGAACUAACAUCAACUAUAAGUUCCCAAGACCAAAAAUCACUCUUUUCCAGCAUAUGCAAAAUGAGAGAAAUAAGCCAGAGAUUUCUUAACUCAAUGGUACAGGAGAUGGGCUACCAUUUGAUUUGUAAUGUUCUCUGUGAUGUUGUCUAUCAUUAUGCCAUUGGACCUUUGAAUGCUUAUGUGGAUUACAUCCGCAACAUGCCAUGCCAGAAGCACACACUUAACAACCUGAGGAAGGAGAAUCCUCGAUUUGUGGAGAUCUUAAACAAGCUUCAGGAGGAUUCGUGUUGCAAUCGACUGCCUCUUGACUCUUUCCUCUCUCUGCCUUUUCAAAGGAUUUCGCACCUCAAGGUUUUAAUGGAGACCAUACUAAAGAGGACAGCCCAAUCACAGUCAAAUGUUCAGCUCAUCGCAAAAGCAGCCCUGACAAAAAUCUCUGAGGUGCUGGAGAAAUGCAAUAGGGAAGUGGGUAAGGUGAACCAGAUUAAAGAGCUUGUGGACGUUGUCAACAAGAUAGAGUUUGAGUGCAAGUCCUGCCCACUGGUGUCACCAUCUCGUUGGUUAAUCAGAAUUGGUGAGAUGACCCUGCUUGCUAGGAAUGAGAGCAUUUUUGGCCAGAAAAAAAACUGUCCUGUCCAUUUGAUUCUCUUUAAUGAUUUGCUACUGUUAGCUUCAAAAAAAGGGUCAGACAAGUAUGUGGUGCAUGACCAUGUCCACCGCUCCCUCAUUGAGGUUACAGAGGGGGCUGAAGUGGAGGAUGAUCUGGAAGGGUAUGACGUGAGCAGAGUCUUUCAGCUGGCUAUUGUAAAGAAAAAAGGAAACUCAUACCAAGUUUUACUGCAGGCUUCCUCUCUAGAAGAGAGAAACAGCUGGCUGAUGUUGCUGAAGAGUGAGGAAGGAGUGUAUGAAGAGUGGGAUUGUCCUCAGGUACAGUGCAUUGAGGUGUAUAAUGGACAACAACUUGGUGAGCUCAAUCUAGAGCCAGGGGACAUCGUCAGCGUCAUUCAGAAAAAAUCUGACGGUUUAAUGGAGGGUCGAAAGCUUCCUGGUAUGGAAAGGGGCUGGUUCCCUGCUAAGUGUGUGGUGGAGAUCAUUAAUGAACAUGUGCAGAGACGCAACCUGCGUCAGCGCCAUCAUGUCCUUCAGACAGCUGCAAGCAUCAUAAAAUGCCAUAGCAUCAGUCAGGAACGGCACACUGCUACCUGCUUCAACAUACAUUAAUAAUAUUAUUUCAUUGUCUGCAUAUUAAAUCUUAUAGGUCCAGUGCUACUGUAGCAACACCUUCAGAAACUUAAAACACUGGGAGUUUACUGUGUGCACAUUUUAUGAGUCUGUGUCCAUAAAUAUAAUGAAAUCUAAAUCGUAUUUAAUGAUCAUGCUCUGAAUAAUAUUUUAUUUUAUUGUAAUGGUGAUGGAAAGCAUCAUGUUCUUCAAUGUGAUAGCUUAGCUUACUAAUUUGCUUAAACUAACUAAAAGUUAAUGAUACUUCUCAGAUUUUAGACUUUUAAUAGAUAAUUGAUGUGUUGAUUGUAAAAGAGUUUUUUUAUUUUAUAUUCCUCGCUGAAACCUCAGACUACUCUGAAACGGUCGCCCUUUUUAUACAUCACCUUUUGAAUAAAUUGAGAAUAAAAAUGUUCAUUCAAAUUGAA